AUGUAUGUGGAGUUGGACCAAUUAUGGGCUUCUAGGGCUGGGUUAUCUAUAUGUGAUGGGUUUGUGUGGAAUGGAUAUUUUGGGUUGGCAUUUAAGGAGGUUUUUGCUGGUGGUAAGAACAUCGAGUGGCAGGCUGUACGGAGGAUUAAAAACUCCCCCUUGACUUCUGAGGAGAUAGCACGUAUUGAAAUGGGAUUAAAGAAAUUUAAACUCGACUGGAUAUCCAUAUGGAGAUUUUUGGUUCCUUAUAGAGAUCCAUCCUUGCUUCCACGACAGUGGCGAAUUGCUUUCGGUACACAGAAGUCAUAUAAGUCCGAUGCAAAGAAGAAAGCUAAGCGGCGUUUAUAUGAAUCAAAAAGAAGAGCUAGUAAGCCUCCUGUUUCCAUUCAGCAUUCGUCAUCUGAAAAAGAGGUAUGA